GUGUCUCCCAGGGCCGCGGGACUCAUCCCGGCUCAGAGCUCCGGGUCUCUAGCAGGGUGGCGGUUGUAGUGCUGUAACGACCGAUCCCUGGGCCUGCCUGGUGCGGAUCUCGCUUCGUGAGGGACGGAGCCUGCUUGCGGGCUUCCUCUUUUUUUUUGCAAGGAAAACCCGAGGAUCUGAAGUGCGGAGGAGGAGGAAAAAACCCGCACCGCGUCUCACAAAGUUUGUGCGUCCGGAGGGCGAACUGGGAUCUUGCCUCAUGCGGAGCGAGAGAGCCCUGAGCCGGGCUCAGGCACGUCGGUCUUUUGAAGUUGCACCCUGGGACUUCUGCCAUGGGCAGCUGCGUGGGAAGACAGCGCAGAGAGGGGCCGAUCACCCCGGGAAACCCGCGCAAGCGAGCAGGUCGUAAUGAACCUCUAAAAAAGGAUCGCCCCAAAUGGAAGAGUGACUACCCAAUGACAGAUGGACAACUAAGAAGCAAGCGGGAUGAAUUUUGGGAUACAGCCCCUGCCUUUGAGGGACGCAAGGAGAUUUGGGAUGCACUCAAGGCUGCUGCGUAUGCUGUGGAGGCAAAUGAUCAUGGGCUAGCACAAGCCAUUAUUGAUGGUGCUGGAGUUACCUUGCCUCAUGGCUCACUUACUGAGUGCUAUGAUGAAUUGGGUAACCGAUACCAACUUCCUGUAUACUGCCUGGCACCACCUAUUAACUUGAUUAUGGAGUGGAGUGAAGAGGAGGGUGCAGAACCUCCAGAGCCAGCACCCAAUACCCGCCGUGAAUUCCCACUGAAAGUGCGCCUCUCAUCUGGCAAGGAUCUACGUCUGAAUGCCAGCAUGACAGAUACAAUUGGACAACUUAAGAAGCAACUCUAUGCCCAGGAAGAACUGGAGCCUGCAUGGCAACGUUGGUUUUUUUCUGGCAAGUUGUUGACAGAUAGGACCCGCCUGCAAGAGACUAAAAUCCAGAAAGACUUUGUAAUUCAAGUAAUUGUCAAUCAGCCCUCUGCACCAAGGAACUGAGCUAGAGAUAGUUGGUGUGACUCCCAGUUUAACCCAGAGACUGAACAGAAGCCUGUGUGAACAGGUGCCUGUUCUAUGCAUCUAGAGAAACAGUGCACUUAAAAGACUGGCAGAAUCAAAGCCAAAGCCUUUGAAGAGUUGCACAUCGUGUCUCCCUGCAGGGCACAGUUAGCAAGCUGGGCAGUAGUAUGGAUGUGCAAUGUUCAAAGUGGUUUCUGUUUCUCCCAAUGGUUUGCUUCUCAUGACUAUCUGGGCUAGAUUUUUACCUUCCCCAAACUCCAAAGAAUUAGUUACCUCACCCAUUUCUAGGCUCGGCUGGCACCGAAACAAUGCCUCCUUCCUUUCCCUUCAAUUCUAGUCCAGUUGGAAUUGCCCACAUUGGGACUGUAAGCCUGAAAUGAUGGAUUGUGGGUCUAGUCCUUUUCAGGGACUCAGUGUAGCUAUCAUUUGAGAACUGAAAAGCUUUUAGACAAAGCAUGAGACCAAAGUGUCCCUCACAUAAGAGACUACUGCCUUAG